CCUAACACGCCCCCGGUCACCUGACCCACACCAUAAAGCCAUCGCUCUCUUGUCUCCCCAUCCAAAAUCCUCACAGCUCCUUCUGACGAUUGUGCGCAGACUCUCGAUCGCUCGCCACAACACAUACAUCUUUCUUUUCAUCCCUCCACGCGCCGCGAUCACCCACCAUGCCCGCGCAACCCAGCGCCAUCACCGGCCCUCCUGCUGGAGGCGUUGGCCAGCCUGGAGCUGGCUCCAACGACGACUACCCCGAGGACCGCCCUGACCUUCCCAUGUCAAACCAGAUCUUCCAGGGCACCCACGAGCCCACGCUCCCGGGCACCAGGUGUAUCUGCGGACAGCCGAAGGGCGGCGUCCGCCAGCCUGCUGAUUGGCCCGGUGAGUGGGUCGGACCGCAUCCGCGCUUCAACAGCGUCGGUGGCUACGUCGUGAGCCACCCGAAGGCCAACAAUCGCUACGCCUACGAAAACCAGUCGGCUAGAACUCGCACUGACUUCGACGAUCGCAUCCAAGCUGCUAUGCCCAUCCCGAUUCCGUACAAGGUCGUGUACAACGCGGGCCCCAACCAAUCCGGCCGUAUGGCGGUCCCGGUCAACAUCACGCCGGCUGAGCUGGCUGCCAGCACUCACCGCCCGUUGAGCCGGGAGGUCACCGUCCCGAAGUGCGCUCACUUCCCGCUCACGGGAAAGUCCUGGAUGACGUUCAGCUUCUCGGCCGUCGGCCGUUACAUGAAGCUUGAGGAUGGCAGGACGAUAGAUCAAGCCGAACGCCUUAUGCUGAUCGAAGACAGCCUGGUCAACAGUGAAGAGCGUCGGAUGACCAUUCAUACCCCCCCUUCAGACUGGACCAACCAGGCCCAGAUUACGGUUUUGAACAAGUGGCGGACCCAAUUCCGCAUCCGCAAGCGUCUCGAGAGCAUCCGUCCGGAUCGUCCGCACUGGUCCCCGGACGAGAAGACGUUCCUGGUCAAUGAGAUGGCGAAGAUGCUGGAUACGGUUCCGGCUCAAAUGAUCGACAGUACCAGGUUCAACAUUGGACAGCUCGUCGACCUUGUCAACCGCAACUUCCACACUUUGCGCAAUUCCCACGGCGUUGAGUGUUUUAUCAACCGCCACGGCUUGAAGAAGACUGCUCGCGACAUGGCGAGGGCUAAGAGGGCCAGGGAGGCUGCUCGCUUGAGUGGCACCAACUCUUCCACCUGGGAGCUCUGAGCUGUUGACCUUCUCGUCUCCGCUAUGGCUUUUCUGGAGUUCUGAGCUAUCCACCGGCUGUCUCCGCUACAACUCUUUCUAGGAGCUCUGAGCUAUCGACCUUCUCCGCCGCGAAUCUUUCUGGGAGCUCUAAGCGAUCGAUCUUCUUGUCUCCAUGACGCUCUUCAUUGCAACGGACUUCGAUCUCGUUGUUUCUCUGGCUUUCAUCGCAAAUCUUCUUCUCCGACCACAGUGUCCGCGACCGAAGACUUUUC